AUGUGCGGAAAAUUGUCUUUGUUUGUGGUGAUGGGAGCAGAAUUUGAUGGCUCUGCCCAAGGUGAUUUGUGCAAGAAAGGGAAUACACUGUCUAAUGCAGAAGACUCAGCUAACUUGGGGGAAACCCUAGUUUCGUUCCUUGUUGAUAGAACCACAAAAGUGCAUCUGUCUGAUUCUGUUUGCACAGAGAAGCUUGGCCCAGAUAAGGUAGAUUUACCGUCAGAACUUUAUGAAUAUGAUAAUAAAAGAAAUGAAGUUUCCAAUCAUGCUCCAAUGCUUGGUGGUUUAUCUAAAGAGUCAGCUAUCAUAAAAGGACUAAUUUCAUUUUCACUGGCUGAUCAUAUAGGUUUGCCAAGAUACAAAGGUGUUCUUCUUUAUGGUCCACCUGGAACAGGGAAAACUUCUCUUGCCUCUUCCUAUGCCUAUGAUGCAGGAGCCAACCUUUUCACAGUCAACGGACCAGAGAUCAUUAGUAAUUAUUAUGGUGAAAGAGUGCCAUCUCCAGCACAGAGGAUGGACAUACUUCGCCACCUUCUAAUUGGAGUUCACCACUCUCUCAGUAAUGAGGAACUUGAGUCUAUUGCUCUAGACACCCAUGGGUUUGUGGUUGCUGAUCUAGCUGCACUAUGCAAUGAGGCUGCAUUGAUUGCUCUUUGCCGUUUCAUCAGCCUAAGAGAAAAUUCGAGUCUACAACUUGGUCAUCCUGACUCUAGUGUAGAUAAGUUUGUUUGA